AUGCGCACAGCUAUGCAUCGAGUGCAGCUCGCCCUGCGCGCCGCAGCCCAACCCGCACACGCCCGCGCCCUGUCGUCGACCCCGCCCUCGUCCUCGUCCUCAUCUCCGACCUCGUCGACCAAGGCCUCGCAGCGCAGGAAGCGCGCCCAGGCCGCCCUCACGUCGCACCGCGAGCAGGGCGAGCCGGACGACCCAAACGCCGCGUCGUACCGCCUCGUCCAGGCGAAAGACCUCGUCCGCCUCGACGAGCCGCCCAAGCGCGUCCGCAUGCUCGCGCGCGACUUUAUCGAGGACUCGCUGUACAACCCCAACUACGGCUACUUUGCCACCAAGGUCGAGAUCUUUGACCCGGACGUCGCAAAGCUCCGCUCGACCACGAGCCCGUCGUCGUCGCACUCGGGCCCGGCAGCGACAGCGUCGUCGUCGUCGACCAAGGGCAAGGCGCGCGACGUCGAGCUCCAGGCGGCCGAGCGCGCAGAAGGGUUCGACUUUGGCUCGUACGGCAAUACGGCCCAGUUUGACGACGAGGUCGCGCGGCGGUACAUGGUGUUCGAGGGCCGAGGGAGCGGGCACGACGGCGAGGGCGAGGGCGCAGCCGUCAUGGGUCAGGGCGUCGGGCGCCAGGUGUGGCAUACCCCGACCGAGCUCUUCAAGCCCUGGUACGGUCGAGCACUCGCCCGCCACCUGUGCGCGUCGUACAAGCUCAACCUGUUCCCGUACAACGACCUCAUCAUCUACGAGAUCGGCGCCGGCAACGGCACGCUCAUGGGCGACAUCCUCGACUACCUCGCCGCGCACGAGCCCGACGUGUACGCGCGCACCAAGUACCGCAUCAUCGAGAUCUCGGAGCGCCUCCAGGGCAUGCAACGCGGGCGGGCGCAGGGCGCGCGAGGGCGAGGGCGCGGUGGGGACGGCGGGGCGGGCGAGCUCGGCAAGGAGAAGGCGCGCAGGAGGGGCCACGAGGACAAGGUCGAGAUCAUCGGCCAGAGCAUCUUUGACUUUGACCGUGUCGUGCACGAGCCGUGCUUCUUCCUCGCCAUGGAGGUGCUCGACAACUUCCCGCACGACGUCAUCCGGUACACGACCGACACGCACGAGCCGAUGCAGUGCGUCGUCGCCGUCGACGCCUCGGGCGACUACUCGGAGCUGUACGAGCCCGUGCACGACCCGCUCAUCGCGCGGUACCUGGCCCUGCGCGCCAAGCUCCCCUCGUCGCGCGCGCGCGGCUCGCCCUCGCCCGUCAUCCACCCGCUCCUGAGCCGGUCCCCCCUCGCGCGCUCGAUCUACUCGACCAUCCCGUUCGCGCCCAACCUCACCCGCCCCGAGUUUGUCCCGACCCGCCAGCUCGAGCUCCUCGAGAUCUUGCGCGACAAGUUCCCCAACCACCGCGUGCUCAUGAGCGACUUUGACUCGCUGCCCGAGGCGAUCGAGGGCGUCAACGCGCCCGUCGUCCAGACUCGUUACGCCGGCGAGACAGUCCCGUGCACAACGUACCUCGUCCAGCCGGGCUUCUUCGACAUCUUCUUCCCGACCGACUUUGAGACGAUGCGCGAGAUGUACUCGCUCGUCAUGGCGACGCCGCCCACGCAGUCGCUCGGCGCCUCGGACACCACGACCGGGUCCUCGUCCACCUCGCGCCUCUCGGCGUCCUACUUUUCGCCCUCGUCCCCUCGGCCGACCUCUUCGUCCUCCUCGUCGUCGGCCUCGUCGUCGGGCGCCAACGAGUCCGCCUCGACGCCGCUCGCGUCGGGCCUCGGACCGAGCGGCCGCACGCUCCAGGUGCACGCGCACGGCUCGUUCCUCGAGACGUGGGGCGAGACCGACAUGACGACGACGCGCGACGGGAGCAACCCCAUGUUGGAGGCGUACGCCAAUGCCAAGUUUGUGUGCAACUGAGCGUGCUCGAGCGGUUCCGCG